GCAUGGAGGGCGAGAGCACGUCCGCGGUGCUCUCCGGCUUUGUGCUCGGCGCGCUCGCUUUCCAGCACCUCAACACCGACUCGGACACGGAAGGUUUUCUUCUUGGGGAAGUGAAAGGUGAAGCCAAGAAUAGUAUUACUGAUUCCCAAAUGGAUGAUGUUGAAGUUAUUUAUACAAUUGACAUCCAGAAAUAUAUUCCAUGCUAUCAGCUUUUCAGCUUUUAUAAUUCUUCUGGUGAACUAAAUGAGCAAGCACUGAAGAAAAUAUUAUCAAGUGUCAAAAAGACUGUGGUUGGUUGGUACAAAUUCCGACGUCAUUCAGACCAGAUCAUGACAUUUAGAGAGAGACUGCUUCACAAAAACUUACAAAAUCAUCUUUCAAGCCGGGAACUUGUUUUUCUACUGUUAACACCAAGUAUAAUAACAGAAAGCUGCUCUACUCAUCGGCUGGAGCAUGCCUUAUAUAAACCUCAGAAGGGACUUUUUCACAGGAUACCAUUAGUGGUGGCCAAUCUGGGCAUGUCCGAACAACUGGGUUAUAAAACCGUGUCAGGUUCCUGUGAGUCCACUGGUUUUAGCCGAGCAGUAAAAACUCACAGCUCUGAAUUUUUUACAGAAGAUGGAUCUUUAAAGGAGGUAAAUAAAAUAAAUGAAAUGUAUGCUUCUUUACAAGAGGAAUUAAAGAGUAUAUGCAAGAAAGUAGAACACAGUGAGCGAGCAGUAGAGAAACUACUAAAGGACGUAACCAGACUGAAACGGGAAAUUAAAAAAAGAAAACAGGCACAAAUUCAAGUAGCACGAGAGAACAUCGAAAAAGACCCUCAGGAGAACAUUUUUCUUUGUCAAGCUUUACGGACCUUUUUUCCAGAUCAUGAAUUUCUUCAUUCAUGUGUUAUCUCCUUGAAAAAUAGGCAUAUUUCUAAAAGUAGCUGUACUGCCAACCACCAACUCAAUGUGAUAGAAAACCUGACCUUAAUGGUAGAAUACACUGACAUUCCUGAAGCUAGUCCAGCUAGUGGUGCCCUGCAAAUGAUUAAACGUAAAGCUUUAGAUACCAAUGAUGGAUGGCAAUUCAAGAAGUCACGGCCAUUAGAGAUACAAAACAAACCAUCUAAAACAGAUACUGAUAGUAGUAAUCAAGAAAAAGCAUCCACAAUGAGCAGCCCCGAAACAGAUGAAGACAUUGAAAAAAUGAAGGGUUGUGGUGACUAUCCACAGUCUCCUACAUUUUGAUCAUUUUAGGCCAAAAGGACAUUUUUAAUUGGCUGAAGGGUAAAGCCAUUUAUGUUGUUUUUACUAUGUUCAGGUAUUUUGCAGUAAUACAUAAGUUCUAGGACAUUUAUUUUUUAAAGCACUUUAUUUUAAAACCAUAACCUUUUUUUGUCCCCCUCCUUUGUUAAAGAUUUUAAGUAAUUCCUACACCCAACAUGGAGCUUG